GACUGUCAAGCUCCCCGGGCGGAGAGCUAUGGUGAGGGACGAGCGCAGGGCACGGAUUUAAUGAAGAGAAUUCUCCGCGAGAGGAUUUGAAAAUGCUGUGCACUGAAUAUAUUCUGUCGACCGACCGCCAUUGAAGGCCAAAUGAAUUCGUCGAUUGCUUUUCCAAGCAAUGCUUGGACGCCGUGUAGAGGACGAUGGUCUGGGAACGAGUCGAGGAUCAGAAGGACAAGGCAACUAACAUGGCUGACUGGUGGCUGGACUCGACGCAGAAUUGCUCUUAAGCACAAUGUGCAUCUUCGGAAAUUUGAGCUCCGGGCGAGCGCAUCAGCCGAAAAUGACCCCGGCGUGCUCAAGGACGCAAUUCAGCAAGUGGAGAAGAUGCGAGCUGGUGCAAUCAAGGAAGAGCUCACAAGACUAAGUAUUUCCUACGCUGACUGUUUUGAGAAGCAAGAACUUGUCAUGCGUCUUGCAAAUGCACGGGUUAAAAACUACUCAUCGCAGAAGAAGACAAUGUCGACUAGCAGCAGGGAAUUCAAAACUUUGGCUCGAAUGCCUCUCACAAAACUCAAAAGCACGGCUACAUCGCCAAAAAAUUACAUUCUUGUGCCUCUAAAGAUCAAUGAUGAGGGGCCAUUCAAUUUCAUACUCGAUACCGGGAGUACAGUCACGCUUAUCAGGCCUUCUAUUGUUACGGACAUCCUAAAGCUUACCCCCAAAGCAGCUAGAGUGUCAAUGGCUCUCAUGGGAGGAGGGAUUUCAAACCAGAACAAUAUGACCAUCAACUUGAAGGACGUUAAGAUUGGGGAUCAUGCGCUGUGCAAUGUUUCAGCUCUACUGAUGGACGAACAAAUGUUACGAGGUUGGGAGGCAUCUGCAGAUGGCUUGCUGGGACUAAAUAUUCUCUCUCAGUUCGAUGUGGAGUUUGACUUUUCCAAUGGUGUCUUAGUCUUUUAUCCACCAGGUGCUGCUAGUCGAGGGGAGUGUGAUAUGCAGGACAUGGAAAAAUUGUCCACCUCCGAAGUGACUCUAGGAAUCCUGGGAGUGAAGGUGGCACUUGGAGGAGCUCCUCCCGAGUUGGCUCUCUUAGAUCUUGGAUCGUCUCUUUGUGUUGCAAGCCCGGACAUAGCCAAAUUGGCUGGAGUUUCAGAAAGCGUUCUCCAAGGCAGAGCCCCAGCACUUGGGGGUGGAGGCAUGGGACAACCUGGAGCCAUGAGAUUUGUCAGCGGGUUGAUUGACGUUGGUAUGGUUUCAGCAACGAGUGAUGAUGAAGCUGCAAGUAGUCCAGCUUUCACUAUCAAAGGAGCUCAGUUUGCCAUUGGUGACGUACCUGCUCUGAGAGCGGUUGGUUGCAGAAUCCUUCUGGGACUUAAUGUCUUCCAAGGUUCGAAACUGAUGUUUUGUCAGUCUACGAAGAGUGUUUACCAACAAAGGUCCAACAAAUAGUUCAUUCAACGCAUACACGUAUUGCAAUACUUGCCCUUGCAUGUCAUGCAAGGGAAAGAUAUCAUCAUUGUUAUCCCCAGUCAGACGGAAGGGAUUGACCAUAGAAAAAAAUUCCUGAAGAGGCAACAAUAACUCGGGUAGACUAGACCAAUUGAUAGCAAAGACAGGAAAGCGUUAAAUAGGACAGUCUCAAAGUAACAGAAGUGUUCGACAACUACGUUCAAUGUCGAAGGAAAUGUAAACACUCUGUCUACACGUUGAAAUGAGGGCUCCAGGUUGCCGAAGGUUGCUCUGUCACUUCUUUGAUGUCUACUCUGUUUUAAACGAAUAAGAAACUCUCUCGAGCCGCUGCAAAUUUGGAAUCACCUUUGAGCUAUGUGAAGCACACCUUAGCGCUCAAAACUUGAGGCACAACCUUAUCACGCAGCUUGUGGACUCACAGUUAGGAGAGGUGCAGAGAUGAGUGACGUUUAAGUUCCUGAAUCUGGUCAAGCUCUCAUAGACUAACCCCCAAUAGAUGCUUCUCAUUUCAGUCUCUAUACGGCCCAGACUGGGCAAUCUUCUCACCAUUCAGGGGACAAACGUCUCUAGAACAAAGCCUUGCAUCAAUCACGUCGAUUUCAAAUGGGUCCGACAAAUCUGUCUUGAAGAUGGCUCCGGCUCCUUUCACUGCACGAGUCGCUAUGACUC